GACUUCACACCUCAGCCAAUCACGAGUGUCUGCCCCUUUAUGACACCACAGGCUCGUGGUCGUAUGAUGCUUUAAAACCAGACGCGCAACCCAAAGUAGCAGUUUCUUCUUGUAUCCUGAACAAGGUCAGAAGUGCAUCGCAACAAUGGCAAGAACCAAGCAGACGGCUCGUAAAUCUACCGGAGGCAAAGCCCCGAGGAAGCAGCUCGCCACCAAAGCCGCCCGUAAGAGCGCUCCAGCCACCGGCGGCGUCAAGAAGCCUCACCGCUACAGGCCCGGCACCGUGGCUCUGCGAGAGAUCCGUCGCUACCAGAAGUCCACCGAGCUGCUGAUCCGCAAGCUUCCCUUCCAGCGUCUGGUGCGAGAGAUCGCUCAGGACUUCAAGACGGACCUGCGCUUCCAGAGCUCCGCCGUCAUGGCCCUGCAGGAGUCCAGCGAGGCUUAUCUGGUCGGUCUGUUCGAGGACACCAACCUGUGCGCCAUCCACGCCAAGAGAGUCACCAUCAUGCCCAAAGACAUCCAGCUGGCCCGCCGCAUCCGUGGAGAGCGCGCUUAAACGCCUGAUUUCACAAGCCUCGUAACCCAACCCAAAGGCUCUUUUAAGAGCCA